AUGAGGUUCAACUUCAAGUUAUCAACCCUAGUUGGGGCAUUAAGCGUCUUCUUAACAUGCGCCAAUGCUGGUGCCAUCGAGAAGCGUGCGGGCGAAGCAUAUGUGAGAGAGUGGGAAUACGGGCGGGAUGAGAUUCUCUCUGGUAAUGCCACUAUCUUGAAUCUCGGAUCGUACAAACACGUCGAAAUAUUCUACGGCACAAGGCAAAGAUGGGAAACGCAGCCUGUCGCUGCUAGCCGUAUCGCCGGCCCAGACAGGAAUGGCUGGGAAGAUUGGGUCUUCAGAGGACGGGCACCGGAUGCUAGAUGGUUCUACCUCAGAUACACUGUCAACCGCCAGUACUUCUAUGAUCCACCACAGGGUUAUUACUACAGCAUCCCUCGAGGCGAUGAACCUGUUACAACUCGUACUCCCGUUCCACCCCCAACCGUUUCCACCCGCACUCCCGUUCCACCCCCAAGCGUUUCCACUCGCACUCCCAUUGUCGGCCCAAUUGUUACUACUCGAACUGCAGUUUUGCCACCAAUUGUCACUGGCCCAGGUCGUAUCAGGAUUAAGGUCUCCCCCAAGAAGGCCCCAACCCUCGAGAACUGGCUUGCUAGCGAGUAUACCUUCGCUGAGGCUGCCUUGAAGCGUAACAUUGGAUCAAGCCAGAACACCAAGAUUCCCAAGGGAGUCGUUAUCGCUUCUCCAUCUACCCAUGACCCUGACUACUGGUAUCAGUGGAUCCGUGAUGCCGCUACAGUCAUGGAGCACGUUGUUGGAAACUAUGUCAGAGAUGGAUCGGAUCUCGAAUACAUCAAGGAUUGGAUUGAGUCUCAAGAGAAAUUACAAAAGAUCGAUAACCCGAGCGGUGGAUUCAGCACUGGAGGUCUCGGAGAGCCAAAGUUCCACGUUGACGGCACCGCUUUCACUGGAUCAUGGGGACGGCCCCAACGUGAUGGCCCACCAUUGAGAGCCAACACCCUCAUGAAGUUCGCCACUGCCUAUAUCAAGGUUGACAACGACUACGUCCGCAAUAAGCUCCAAGCUAUCAUCAAGGCCGAUCUCGAGUACGUUGUGUCUUACUGGUCCCACUCUUCUUUCGAUCUCUGGGAAGAGAUCCAGGGCCAACAUUACUUCACCAUCAUUGUCGCCUACCGCUCCAUGAUUGAGGGUGCCGAGUUCGCCAAGCUUAUGGGCGAUAACAGCGCUGCCGAGAGGUAUAAGAAGACCGCUGAAAGCAUGGUUGCUACUAUCAAGGGCUUCUGGAGAGCUGAUAAGGGAUAUAUCGUCGAGACUCACAACAUCCACGGCCGUUCCGGAUUGGACUGCGGUGUUCUUCUCGGUGCCUUGAAGGCCCCAUAUAUCUUCAAGCCAAGCGGUGAGGAAGUCUUGGCUACUACUGAGGCUCUCAUCUCUACUUUCCAGAGCUUGUAUGCCCUGAACAGAAAUGCUAAGGGCCCUGGAUUUGGUAUCGGACGUUAUGCCGAAGAUACUUAUGACGGCCAUGCCACCAACGGCGAGGGCAACCCAUGGUUCAUCUGUACUGCCACCGUUGCCCACGUUUUCUACACUGCUGCCUCGGAAUUCAAGGCUGCUCAAUCCAUCAAUGUUACCCCUGUCGCCCUCAAUCUCUUCAAGCGUGCCUACCCAUCUGCUGCCCCUGGAAACUACAAAGCCGGAAGCCAGGAGUUCAACAAUAUUGUCAGCAGCUUCAAGAGCCUCGGUGACGCAUUUAUGGCCGUUAUUCAACGACAUGUUUUCCAUGAAGGUAACAUGAGCGAGCAGUUCAACCGUUACACCGGGUUCAACCAAGGUGCUCGUGACCUUACAUGGAGCUACGAGUCUGUCUUGGAAGCCAUCAUCGCGAGAAAUAUGGUUUAG